UCCCCCUGUCCUUCUUGCGGAACGUGCGAAGUGCUGGGGACAGCCGAGCCAUGGCAGCCCUUCUCAGACCCGCACGCUGGCUCCUCCGGGCUGGGGUGGCUGCGCGCCUCCCGCUCUCCCUACGCCUCCUCGCGGGCGGCCCGGGCCGGCCGCACGCCGCGGUCUGUCAGCCCGCUGCACGCGCCGCGCCUGUCGCCGGACAGCUACUGAGCCAGGUCAGGCUGUAUGCCAUUGCUGCUGAAAAAAAGAAUUAUCUUCAAGAGGAGUCCACUUCUCAAAGAAGGAAUGCCAGUCAAUUUGACUGGGCUCUGAUGAGACUAGAUAAUUCUGUCCGAAGAACUGGCCGCAUCCCAAGGAGUCUUCUACAAAAAGUCUUUGAUAACACCUGUCAGUCAGGUUGCCCAGGCAGUAAUCAUGCCUUGCUGCUGCUGCGCAGCUGUGGUUCUCUCUUACCUGAACUGAAGUUCUCCGAGAGGACAGAAUUCGUUCACAGGAUAUGGGACAAACUUCAGAAAUUGGGUACUGUGUAUGAUGUAAGUCACUAUAAUGCUUUACUUAAAGUCUACCUUCAAAAUGAACAUAAAUUUUCACCAACUGACUUCUUGGCAAAAAUGGAAGAAGCAAACAUUCAGCCAAAUCGAGUAACAUACCAAAGGCUGAUUGCUGCUUACUGUAAUGUGGGAGAUAUUGAAGGUGCCAGCAAGAUUCUUGGAUUUAUGAAGACUAAGGAUCUUCCUGUCACAGAGGCAGUAUUCAGUGCGCUCGUUACAGGGCAUGCAAGAGCUGGAGAUAUGGAGAAUGCAGAGAAUAUUCUCACAGUGAUGAAAGAGGCUGGAAUUGAGCCUGGUCCAGACACGUAUCUAGCCUUAUUGAAUGCAUAUGCUGAGAAGGGUGACAUUGACCACGUUAAACAGACUCUGGAGAAGGUGGAAAAGUCUGAUCUUUACCUCAUGGAUCGUGAUUUAUUGCAAAUUAUCUUUAGCUUCAGUAAAGCUGGGUAUCCUCAGUAUGUCUCAGAAAUUUUGGACAAAAUUGCAUAUGAAAGAAGAUAUAUUCCAGAUGCAAUGAACGUUAUUUUGCUUUUAGUCACUGAAAAAUUGGAAGACACAGCAUUGCAAGUUUUGUUAGCAUGUCCUGUAUCAAAGGAAGAGGGUCUGAGUGACUUCGGCAGUUUCUUUUUACGGCACUGUGUGACUAUGAAUACGCCUGCAGAGAAGCUGAAAGACUACUGUAAAAAGUUAAAGGAAGCCCAGAUGCAUUCAUCUCCUUUGCAGUUCACACUCCAUUGUGCUUUAGCAGCCAACAAAGCUGAUUUGGCAAAAGCUCUAAUGAAGGCUCUGAAGGAAGAAGGUUUUCCUCUCAGAACUCAUUAUUUCUGGCCCUUGCUAGUUGGACAUCAGAAGAAGAAAAAUGUUCAAGGUAUAGUGGAAGUCCUCAAAGGAAUGCAUGAAAUGGGAGUAAAUCCUGAUCAGGAGACAUACAUAAAUUAUGUGUUUCCAUCCUUUGAUAGUAUAAAGUCAGUUCGUGCUAUUUUGCAGGAAAAUGGAUGUCUACUUGAAAGUAAUAUAUUUUCUCAAGCUGAAUUGAAAAGUGAAGCAGUAAAUGGAAACUUGGACUACAUUUUAUCAUUUUUGGAAUCAAAUACAUUGCCUUUCUCGUUUACUUCUUUGAGGGGCAGCCUAAUUCUAGGCUUUAGGAGGUCUAUGAAUAUAAAUCUUUGGAGCAAGAUAACGGAACUGUUGUACAAGGAUGGACGUUAUUGCCAAGAGCCUCCAGGACCAAUGGAAGCUGUUGGCUAUUUUCUUUAUAACUUGAUUGACAGCAUGAGUGACUCAGAGGUACAGGCCAAGGAGGAGCGUUUGAGACAAUACUUCCAUCAGCUGAAGGAGAUGAAUAUAAAAAUUCCUGAAAAUAUCUACAGAGGCAUUCGUAAUCUACUGGAUAGCUACCACGUUCCUGAAUUGAUUAAGGAUGUUAAUGCAUUGGUUGAAAGAGAGAAGACAGACUCUCGAAAAACUACGCAGCUUACAUCAUCUGAUUUGGAGUCUACACUUGAAAAACUAAAAGCUGAAAAUCAACCUAUAGGAGAUGUCCUAAAGCAACUCAUAUUAAUGCUUUGUUCAGAAGAGAACAUGCAGAAAGCUCUUGAAUUGAAAGCAAAAUAUGAAUCAGAUAUGGCUGUUGGUGGCUAUGCAGCUUUAAUAAAUUUGUGCUGUCGACACGAUAAUGCAGAAGAUGCACUGAACCUGAAACAAGAAUUUGACCGUUUAGAUCCAUCUGCUGUUCUUGAUACGGGCAAGUAUGUAGGCCUUGUAAAAGUGUUGGGAAAACAUGGCAAUCUCCAAGAUGCUAUUAACAUUCUAAAGGAAAUGAAAGAGAAGGAUGUUCUUAUCAAAGACACAACAGUCUUGUCCUUUUUUCACAUCCUAAAUGGAGCAGCUUUAAGAGGUGAAACUGAAACAGUAAAACAGUUACAUGAAGCCAUCAUGACUCUAGGCUUAACAAAACCAUCCACCACCAUAAGUUCCCCAUUGGUUACUCUGUAUCUGGAAAAGGAUGACUUACCUGCUGCUCUUGAAGCCACCAUUGAAUGUUAUGAAAAGUAUAAAGUAUUACCGAGGAUUCAUGAUGUCUUAUGUAAACUAAUAGAGAAAGGCGAGACUGAUCUAAUUCAGAAAGCAAUGGACUUUGUGAGUCAAGAACAAGGUGAAAUGACGAUGCUCUAUGAUCUCUUCUUUGCCUUCCUACAAACAGGAAAUUAUAAAGAGGCCAAAAAGAUCAUUGAGACUCCAGGCAUCCGAGCUCGGCCUGCAAGACUUCAGUGGUUUUGUGAAAGAUGUAUUUCAAGUAAUCAGGUUGAAACUCUAGAAAAAUUAGUGGAGCUGACACAGAAGCUAUUUGAAUGUGACAGAGACCAGCUAUACUACAACCUGCUAAAACUAUAUAAAAUAAAUGGUGACUGGCAAAGAGCUGAUGCUGUCUGGAAUAAAAUGCAAGAAGAAAAUAUUAUUCCUCGUGGGAAGACAUUAAGAUUAUUAGCAGAAAUCCUUAGAAACAAUAAUCAGGAGGUUCCAUUUGAUGUACCUGAGUUGUGGUAUGAGGAUGAAGAAUAUUCCCUGAAUUCUUCAGCACCCUCAGUUGGAGAGACUAAUUUCCAGAAAGAUCUAUCAAAUGCCUGCCAAAAGAAGAAAAGCAAAGAUGCAUAUAAUAUUUUCCUGAAAGCACAAAAGCAAAAUGUUGUGUUUGAUAGCGGAACUUACAACAAUCUUAUAAAAUUACUGUUGACAAAGGAUAGCUUUACAGAAGCGAUGCAAGUGAAAGAUUGCGCUGAGACCCACAUCAAGGGCUUCACACUGAACGAUGCUGCCAACAGCCUCCUCAUCAUAACGCAAGUUAGGCGGGAUUAUUUGAAAGAGGCUCUAGCAACACUCAAAAUGGCCUUGGAUCUGAAGCAAACUCCUUCUAGGAUCGCAGUCACCCGCCUGAUUCAGGCGUGUGCUUUGAAGGGGGAUUUAGAAGGCACACAAGCAAUUCAGAAGAUGGUAAAUGGACUCGAAGAUUCAAUUGGACUUUCAAAUAUGGUUUUCAUCAAUAACAUUGCUUUGGCACAAAUAAAGAACAAUAACAUAGAUGUUGCCAUAGAAAACAUUGAAAAUAUGCUUACUUCGGGGAAUCAGACUGUGGAAACCCAAUACUUUGGUUUGGCGUACUUAUUCAGAAAAGUAAUAGAGGAGCAGUUGGAACCAGCCCUUGAAAAGAUAAGCAUCAUGGCAGAGAGAUUGGCCAAUCAGUUUGCAGUGUACAAACCAGUCACCGACCUUUUCCUUCAGCUCGUGGAUGCAGGCAAGGUGGAUGACGCCAGAGCUCUCCUGCAGAGAUGUGGAGCAAUUGCUGAACAAACCCCAAUUUUCUUCGUGUUCUGUAUAAGGAGUUCUCAGAGACCGGGAAAGGCACAAACAUUGAAAUCUUUGUUAGAAUUGAUUCCUGAAUUAAGUGAAAAGGAAGAAGCAUACAGUUUCAUCAUGAAAAGCUAUGUGUUGGACAGUGAUGUCUCGUCUGCUAAAGUACUGUAUGAAAACUUGACUGCAAAGAAUGUAAAAUUGGAUAAUCUGUUUCUCAAGCGUUACGCAGUUUUGCUGAAGAAGGCUGGAGAGUCUGUCCCUUUCACUGAACCCCCUGAAAGCUUUGAAUUUUAUGCAAAGCAGCUAAAGGAAUUAAGGGAAAACCCUUUGUGAAACAAGCAGGCACUACUUUGUUUUGUGUGUAUUUGUGAUUCUGUAUCUAAAGUGUUAUUUUUUAAAUGUAUUUGAAAGGACAAAAACAAAUAAAUGAAAAAUUACUCUGUUUAUGUGCUUGUAUUUAUUUGUAAUAGAGAAUAUGAUAUACUCAAAAGCUUAUUGACAAUAACUAUGUGUACUUGGUCACCAGAAUUUUUGAGUUUUGCGUAUAAUAUAAAUCUGUGGCAUUCUCUCUGGGGCUCCUGGUAUAUGAAGCCGUAAUUUUUCAGUCUUCUCCCAAUGAUUCUUCAAGUCCUGUACUUAAUUUUAUUUAUUAUUUUCAUAAAAAGUUAUUUCUUUACUUAAGACUUGCUUGUUAAUAUUGUUCAUCUGAAAAGUUUUGAAACUGGACAAAGUGAUGUUCAAUGAGCUUUCUAAUGUUUACUAUUCUGUGACAUAUCAAUUCUUUAUAGAGUGUGAAGCCCUGCGUAAUUUUCCAGUUUUGUCAAGUGUUGGCACUGGAAGGCAUCUUUAGUAGUCAUCAAAUCCAGUGCUCAUGAUUUUCCAGCAAGAAGCAGAGACUCAAGGGGCCUGUCGGGGUUCUGUUUGCCAACACUGGAGGUUCCUCACCUUACUUUACCUUCUACCACAGGGGCUUCCGGUAGCCUCCAUUCACAGAAACCUCUGGAACUGAGCCUGAGUCAUGACUUAAAUCGUGAAAUAGAGCAAGGCAUUUCCACCCAUUUUGGUUUCAGGUCUUUGUAGGCACAAAAUACAUCCACACUGGGCUUGUUACUUUGUACUCAUAUUCUAUAAACAUAUGAUUUAACAUACAACAGAGUGAAAUCUUGGUUUGUAUUCAGGUUUUUCCAAAUUAUCUCCAAACUGGCUUUUAUGCCUGUCACUGUCUACUGUAUAAGUGGAAACUAUAAAGAAUUUAAGAUGGUAGUCUAAACAGUUUGCCAUUACAAAGGUAUGGGGAUUAGGCAAUUAAUUACUGAAGAAGUGGAAAAUGUUUUAUUUGAGAAUUAUCCCCAUUUUGUUAAAUUCCUUGUCUGUGUGAAUGAAAUUGUGGACUACCUCCUGUUUUGACAACUUACUUGGUCCCACUGUUUACACGAGGGGGCAGCCUUGCAUUGGGGAAGUAAGCUGGCCUUGGCUGCUUGAGCUGCUAACCUGUGUCUUGUGGGACCAGCCUCCUGCACCCGGAGCCUACAGACGGAUUGAGAGGGAGGGAUGAUGGAGGAAAGCCAAGAAAUAACUGUUACGGCAUUGGCCGUGCUUUUCUUCAUCUUUUUUGUAGAGUUAGACCUAAGGGAUCGGGCCCGGCUGGUUCCCAGCCCUGCCCGCAGGACCGACUGCCGCUUUCCUGUGUGCGCCCCUCAGCACCGGACCUGCGCCUGUUGGAGUUAACGAUAGUGUCUGAUUUGCCACGAGCCUCCCUCCAGUAGUGAUUCCACUGAGGCAGACCUUGUUUUCUGCAGUUGUGCUCAUAGUUGAGCUAUGUUUUAUUAGUGUUCAUUAACCUAAGUUUCUAAAAGGAGCCAUAACCUUAGGGCAUAGUCUGGGCUUUGCAUCUGUGGGGAAACUGAGAGCACAAUCUCAGCAACAUGGAGUGACUCCAAGCCAUCGCCGUAUGUUGACUCUGAUAAACGUGGGUGUAAUACAGAGGAAAUGGGUACAGAUCCUCAGCCAGCAUUCUAAACAUUGGGUCAUUAAACAUGGGGUGUGUAUUAACAAAGGACUACAUUGUCAUGUAUCUUUAGCACUGAGUGGUUUUCCAUUUUGUAUUUAAAAUUUAAUAACUGUAUAUUCUAGGUGAGCUUAUGAAUGCUUUCUAAAUAUCUACCCGUGAAAUUGAAAUAAAUAGAACUACAGAGUAAAUACAACUACAGCAACACUUAAUCACACAUUUUAGACUCAAAGCAAACAGCUAAUUGUAAAAAGUAAAUGUCAUUGUAAACUUUUGGAAACUAGUGUUUCAUAUAUAUAUUGAACAUCCAUGUAUUUGAACCUAAUAUAAUUUUAAUGUGAAAUGUUUCAAAUAAAUUGUAUUCCAAAAA